AUGUUUUCGAGAUUCUUUAAAAAUAUCGAUAUCGAGGACUUACAAUAUGUGGAAACAGAUUUAUGUUUUUAUCAACUGGUAUCUUUGGGAUUCCUUUUAUAUGGUGAUGACCGCACACGUAGUCAAUUUAUCUUACAAAGAUUAAUAAUUUUAGCACAACAUCCUUCCUCUGGCAAAGGCCUUACUGCGGGAGUAACAUCACUGGCCACCAGUGAUGUAUUAAGAAAUUAUGCCAAAUUGAAUCCUCAGAAUUGGAGAUUACAUAUUGUUGAAGCUUUAGCCAUUAUCAAAGCUAAAAGAGUGUUGCGCCGGUUGGGUUUAUGCUGGCUAGAAAUAUAUCAUCAAUUUUUACCUCAUGUGGCGGAAAUCAGUGUACACAUACACCCCCUACUUAAGGCGUUGUAUGUUCUAGCCGAACGCUUAACACCGGAUCAGGCCAAUCAGCUUAUACAGCACAUUAAUAAAAAAUAUCAAACUGAUAUUCAAGAUUUGCGUUUCUAUGAUUGUUGCUAUUUAGAGGUCUUUCUGCUAAACUGGCUGAAUAAACGUAUUAUAACGUUGGGCGAUCGCCAGCUUAAGGGCAGUAAUAUACAGUUGCUGAUAGAGUAUUUUAAAUUUAAUGAUAUGGCUGGUAUUAAGGAUUUGCUAAUAGAGACCAUAAAUCAAAAUUUGAAAAAUCCAGAAACUGAUAAUGUGGCUUUAGUGAAUAAUAACAAUAGCCAAGAUUCUGGUGUUUAUAUGUCACAGCAUAUGGUUGAUAGUAGUAAAACACUGCCUACUGUUGAUAAUAAAGAAACAGUUGUUCAGCCGCCUUUAGCGCAACAGUCAGACUUUGAUAGUACGGAACGUUAUUCAAUAACAAGAAAAAAUGCUGGUUAUGUUUUGAUUAUAAAUCAAAGUAGUUUUUAUAAGGAAACUGAUCCAAAAUAUCGGCAUCUCGUAUCAUUUAUGCAUGAUACCAUACCUGCACGUAAAGGCACUAACGUGGAUCGUGAUAAACUAAAGGAACUUUUUUCCUCAUUCGGUUAUAUACCAUUGUUAUAUGAAAAUCUUACACAUUUAGAAAUAUUACAUCAAAUACGAGAAAAUGUUAAGAGAAGUCUACUAAAAGAUUCCAUAAUUAUUUGCAUACUAUCACAUGGCAUGGAAGGUGUUGUAUUUGGUUCAAACAGUGUGCCGAUAGCUAUAACGGAAAUUAAGGAAAUUUUAACGGAUGACACUUUAAAAGAACCCAAAAUCUUGAUAAUACAAGCUUGUCAAAGGAAUCUUUCUACGGUGGAUACUAAAAGUUCUUCGUCUAUAAGAAAUUUCUCUCCCGAUGCCUAUGCUGAUAUAUUACUGGCUAUGUCGUCCAUGCCGGGUACCGAUGCUUUGCGGCAUACUGAACAUGGCAGUUGGUUUGUGGAUGCUUUAUGUAAAUUUACACAAAAAUAUGGUGAUUGCAAACAUAUGAUGGAUAUUUUAACUACCGUUAUACGUGAUAUUUCCAAGCGUAAAGGUGAUGCAAAUCAAGUUAUGUUGCCCUCUACCAUUAGCACAUUACGUAAAGAUCUUUAUUUGCCAAGUAGGAAUCUAGGAAAAAUGAGCUUCCGACCCAAAAACAUUAUGAAACGUAUACAGGACAUAGCAGUGGAGGAUUUACAAUAUAUAGAAACUGAUUUAUGUUACUACCAAUUGGUUUCUUUGAGUUUCCUAUUGUUUGGAGCUGAUAGUAACGCCUAUGGUUAUAUAUUACAAAAAUUAAUAAUAUUAGCACAACAACCACCUCAGGGGAAAGGUUUGGGAGCAACAGGCCAACUUGUUACCAGUGGUAUAUUGACAAAUUAUGCGAAUAUAAAUCCUGAAACUUGGCGUUUACAUUUAGUAGAAGCCUUAGCUAUUAUCAGGGCCAAAAGGGUCUUACGCAAACUGGGUUUGCUCUGGCAGGAAAUCUAUCAUCAUUAUUUGCCACAUGUGGCCGAAAUAAGUGUUUAUGUACAUCCAUUACUAAAGGUUUUAUAUAAAAUUGCCGAACGUUUAACACCGGAACAGGCCGGCCGGCUGAUUCAUUAUAUCCAUACAAAAUACGAUGAGUGUCAGCAUUUACGUUUCUAUGAUUAUUCCUAUCUGGAGGUAUUUUUCUUAAAUUGGUUAACGAAAGGGGUGAUUGCUGUGGGCAAUAGAAAUUUGGAAAACUCUAAUAUACAAAUACUUAUUGAAUUUUUUAAAUUUAAUGAUAUGGAUUCAUUUAAGGAUUUACUACUUGAAACCAUAAAUCAACAGUUAGAUAACGUAACUAUUAAUCAAGAACAGCAAGCGGUCAACAAUGAUAGACUGGAGGAGCAGCCGGAAGUGGAUAAAGAUUCCGGCAUUUCUGUAUCGCACGAUUCCUGUACGACUACCCAGCUUAGUGAAGUUAAAGCUGAAUUAUCUGGAGAUUUUGAUGCUGCUGAACGUUAUAAAAUAACUAAAGAGAAUGCUGGUUAUAUUUUGAUAAUAAAUCAAAAUACAUUCUAUGAAGAAACUGAUCCCAGUUUACAGCAUCUAUUACCAGAAAAGAAAUUUAACCCUAAACGUAAUGGUACCGACAUUGAUCGUGAUAGACUUAAAGCAGUAUUUUCUUCCUACGGUUAUAUACCUUUGGUAUUUAAUAAUCUUACACAUUGGGAGAUUUUACAUCACAUACGUGAAACUACUAAGAAAAGUUUGCUUAAAGAUUCCAUUAUUAUUUGCAUGCUUACCCAUGGUAUGGAAGGUGCUGUAUAUGGCUGUAAUUCUAUACCGGUAGCCAUAGCCGAAAUUAAGGAAAUAUUAACUGCUGACACACUGAUGGGAAAACCAAAGAUGCUUUUAUUUCAAGCCUGCCAAAAGCAUGAUCCAAAAGUCGAUACGACAAGUACAAAAUCCAUUCAAAAGUUUUCACCCGAUGCCUAUGCCGACAUAUUGUUGGGUAUUUCUGCCAUAAAGGGAACCGAAUCUCUAAGAGAUCCCGAAAAAGGUUCCUGGUAUAUUGAAUCGUUAUGUAAAUUUGUGCAGAAAUAUGGUAAUCGCAAGCAUAUGGCGGACAUUUUAACGGCUGUUACUAGAGAGAUUUCCAAAAAACGUGCCUCCGAAAAUGAUUUUAUGCUACCCGAA